UUCAACCUGCAAUACCUGCAUUUCGGCGCACGUUUGCGGCUUCUGUUACCAACUGACAUCUGAUCGCCGUGUGGUGAAUGGAUCCUGUUUGAUCUCCACAGCCCUCUUCAGCCACACCUCCGCCUACGGUCGAUGUAACGGUUCGCAGUUUACUUCAGUGGGUGACGCCAGUUAUUCGCCGGACAGGGCCCUCUUCACUAUGGACUAUUGUCCGUCGGUGCACGGCUGGCUAGCAGUGCUGGGUUUGAUCCUCUACCUGGCCUUUUUCGCUCCGGGCAUGGGUCCCCUGCCCUGGACCAUCAACGCGGAGCUUUAUCCCCCCUGGGCACGCAAUACGGGCGUGGCGAUGGCCACCUCCGCUAACUGGGUGGCCAACUUCUUUGCGGCUGACAACAGCACUUCAAUAAUGGAUAGGAUUGCUUGCAUACCCAACCUACAGAACUCAUUGGUGUUUCCGAGCUUUUUGAACUAG